UCGCGCCGCUGCAACCGCGCGGCCCUCACAGGAAUGGCCCUGGCAUCUCACACCCUGUGUUUUCUUUUGCUGCUGCUGCUGGGACCAGCCUGGAAGACUGUGGGCUAUCAUCAUUCCCUUUGCCUCAACCUCACUGUCACAUCUCACUCCCCACCUGGGCAGCCCUGGGGUGCAGCCCAGGGCUCAGUGGAUGGAAACCCUUUCCUUCAGUACGACUGUGACAGCAACAAGGUCACGCCUCUGGGUCCCCUGGGGGAGAAGGUAAAGGCCACCGAGACAUGGACAGACUUGACCCAGACACUGGGAGAAGUGGGGAGAGAGCUCAGGAUGAUCCUGCCUGACAUCAAACUGGAGAAAAACAGGAACAAGAGUCCCCCCACCCUGCAGGCCAAGCUGUCUUGUCAGCUUGAAGCACACAGAGGCACUGGUGCAUCCUGGGAGUUCAGCAUCAAUGGACAGGCAGUCCUUCUCUUUGACACGAUGAGCGGGAUGUGGUUGGCCAUUGAUCCUGGAGCCAGCGGGGUCAGGGAGGAGUUGGAGAACAACCAGCACCUGACAGAGUAUUUGAGGAAGAUCUCCAGGGGAGACUGCAGUCACUGGCUUCAGGAUUUCCUACCACACUGGGAAGAAAUGCUGGAGCCCACAGGCCCGUCCUGCUGCCCGAGCCCCAAGCCCGGGGUCCUUCUCUAGACUCUGCCUCUGUGACCCACCGUGGCUCCCCUGCUUCAUCCUCUACCCCAGGACACAGUGGAUCCAAAUCUGGAGGAGUCCCCAGUCACCACUCCCAGGGUCUCAACAUGGCCUGUCCUCUGUGGCCUUUGGUGUCACAGCUUUUCCUUAACACACAAUGCCACUUUCUCUGGUGCUAAGGGGCAGAUUCUUGCACCUCAGCAUUGAGAGGUGAAGGGAUCAUGUUCCAUCCAAACCGAGUGGUGGACAGAAGUGGAUUCACCGAGGUCCUGACGUCCCGCAAACUCCUAGAAAUGUAAUCCUGCUUGGAUGCGAACUUCCCCAUCUCAGUGCGUGGACAGUCCCCAGUGGACGACUGCAGGGUGACACGCCCCACGCCCAACACAGCCAGCCGCACAGCAAGUGUCCACCUGCACUGCAAGUGUUCGGGACCCAAGGGACGAUGGACAGGCCGCCCGGGCUUCUGCGCCGGGCAGGUGGGAAGGAACACAUCUGUAGAGUGACAGCCUAGGCCCUAAACCUACGGGGACUUAAAUCCGCGUGUCCGCAGUAAAUACACUUGAGAAAUUCUACAUGUUUACAAAUGAGGUUAAUAAAAACCACA